AUGAGUCUUUUCCCUCCGUUGGUGCGGUUUUCUUCCCGUCUGGGCAUUGCAGGGGCCAGAGUGGCACUGCACAGCCAUCGUCGUGUCGCAAUCACCACAAGCAACAGCAACGGUGGUAGCAACAGCAGUCCUGUAAGCAGCGAGAAUAGCAAUGACGGAAGAAGCAGCAACAUCAGUCGCGAUCACGAUGAUGGCAAUGCACUCUUGCCACCUCAUAACCAGCAGCAGCACCUCCCAGCUGAUGACAUUGACGUUUCUACCUCUACUACCGUUGAUGCGGGUGCUGGCUCCUCUGCACGGUCGCCGUCCCAGUUGUCGACUACAAGCGGCAUGCCAUCGAUUGUGUCGUCAGGCAGUAACGCCAUAUCGGAUUCCUACUUGCACGAACUUGUGGCACAGGAAGAGGAGCGGCGGGUGGCGCGACACAAGAAACUCUUUGAGGACCUCCUCGUAUUUGAAGGUGGCGCGCUCGCCGACCACGACUCUCUCGGCUCCGCGCUCAUCAUGCGGGACUUCAUCCACUUCGCCCUCUACCACCAGAAGUGGGGCUACUACCCGAAGCUUCACCGCAAGUACCGGCAGCUCAUGACUACCGGCUACUUUGACCCGGUGCCGUUCGGUAGCCUGCGCAACCAACAUGACUACGAGCGGUACGUUGCCAAGAUACACGAUUCCACCCCCGCCUGCAUCACGCCGACGCAGCUGUUCCAGCCGCACUACGGGUGGGUGCUCGCGGAAUACCUCGUCACGAUGAUACGGGCGAAGUUUGACCCACGUGAGCCGCUAGUUGUGUACGACGUCGGCGCAGGAACGGGGGCACUGGCGGUGAGUGUGCUGGACUACCUCGCCGAGCACUUCCCAGCGGUGUAUGCGCAAUGCGAGUACCACGCUGUGGAGCAGAACCCACACCUUGUGCAGGUGCUGCGCAACCGCCUCAUCACCCACUACCACCACGUGAAGAUCCACAACAUCUCGAUCCUCAACUGGCGGCAUGUGGAGCGUCGGCGGUGUGUCGUGCUCGGUGUGGAGCUGCUCUCCGGCAUGCCGCACGACUGCGUCGUGCUAAGCGGUGACGGCGUGUGCAACGAACACUGGUUUGGCUUCCAGCAGCACGACAACCUCGCCACCGCACAUGAGCGGUACUUGGCGGCAAAGGACCCACUAAUCCUGCGCUACCUCCGCUACGUGCGCUGGCUGCAAGAGGAAUCCUUCCAUAGCCUCAAGGUGCUCUGCCUCACUGGCGGACGAGACAACAUCGACCCGCCGCCCUUCACCAGCAUCGAGCCAAACAUGUACGACCCGCUGCGCGUCAUCAUUACAAAGGUGCUGUGGAUGCACAGCCCGUUCCGCACGCUAUGGUUGCCCACUGUCGCCAUGCUAUUCCUCGAGACGUGUGCCACGUUCUUNGCUGUGGAUGCACAGCCCGUUCCGCACGCUAUGGUUGCCCACUGUCGCCAUGCUAUUCCUCGAGACGUGUGCCACGUUCUUCCCGCGCCACCAUCUCUUCCUCGUGGACUGGGCUCACGUACGGCAGGCACUGCCAGGUGUCAAUGGACCGGUGUGCCAGAGCAAGGUACGCAUCGCGAAGGACUUGUACCUACGCCGCCCCGCCGACUCACUGCAGGGCAAUGCCGGCAUGAUCGAUAUAUGCUUCCCCACAGAUUUUGA